AAUGACAUCAGAGACCGCAGCACGCAGCGCGGCGACACCUCGGAGAGUCUGCGUGUGGACGCCCCUGGCUCCUCCCACAUGGCCAGUCACAACGGGGAGCUGCGGAUCCUGAGCGUCUACGGAAAAGGGGAGGGCCCACUGGUGGUGGACGGCCAUGACACCCUCUUCACCCCGUCAGAAGUGGAGGCCUUGAGCUCGCUGUCCGUGGACCGCAGCGUGGCCAAGAGCCGGAACUGCAGCGUGCGGCUGGUCCGCCUUGAGGAGCUGCACAUGAGGACCCGACCAGACGAGAAGCCGUACGGGUGCGACCAAUGCAAGAAGAGCUUCAGUCAAAGUGAACACCUGAAGAACCACAUGAGGACUCACACCGACGAGAUGCCCUAUGGGUGCGACCAAUGCAUCAAGCGCUACAGAUGGAAAGAUUCCCUGAGGAUCCACAAAAUGACUCACUCCGGGGAGAAGCCCUACAGCUGUGACCAAUGCACGAAGCGCUUCAGUCAGAAAAGCAAGCUGAAGAACCACAUGAAGACUCACACCGGGGAGAAGACCUACAGCUGUGACCAAUGCACGAAGUGCUUCAGUCAAAGUGAACACCUGAAUAGCCACAUGAGGACUCACACCGACGAGAAGCCCUACAGGUGUGACCAAUGCGCAAAGCGCUUCAGUUAUAGCUGCUACCUGAAGAACCACAUGAGGACUCACACCAGGGAGAAACCCUACAGCUGUGACCAAUGCACGAAGAGCUUCAGUCAGAAAGGCAACCUGAAGAUCCACAUGAAGACUCACACCGACGAGGAGCCCUACAGGUGUGACCAAUGCGCAAAGCGCUUCAGUUAUAGCUGCUACCUGAAGAACCACAUGAGGACUCACACCAGGGAGAAACCCUACAGCUGUGACCAAUGCACGAAGAGCUUCGCUCAGCAUGGCACCCUGAACGUCCACAUGAGGACUCACACCGGCGAGAAACCCUACGGGUGUGACCAAUGCAUCAAGCGCUUCAGAUGGAAAGAUUCCCUGAGGAUCCACAAAAUGACUCACUCCGGGGAGAAGCCCUACAGGUGCGACCAAUGCACGAAGCGCUUCAGUCGAAAUGAAAGCCUGAAGAACCACAUGAAGACUCACAGCGGCGAGAAGCCCUACGGGUGUGACCAAUGCAUCAAGCGCUUCAGAUGGAAAGAUUCCCUGAGGAUCCACAAAAUGACUCACUCCGGGGAGAAGCCCUACAGCUGUGACCAAUGCACGAAGCGCUUCAGUCAGAAAAGCAAGCUGAAGAACCACAUGAAGACUCACACCGGGGAGAAGACCUACAGCUGUGACCAAUGCACGAAGUGCUUCAGUCAAAGUGAACACCUGAAUAGCCACAUGAGGAUUCACACCGACGAGAAGCCCUACGGGUGUGACCAAUGCGCAAAGCGCUUCAGUUAUAGCGGCUACCUGAAGAACCACAUGAGGACUCACACCAGGGAGAAACCCUACAGCUGUGACCAAUGCACGAAGAGCUUCAGUCAGAAAGGCAACCUGAAGAUCCACAUGAAGACUCACACAGGGGAGGAGCCCUACAGGUGUGACCAAUGCGCAAAGCGCUUCAGUUAUAGCUGCUACCUGAAGAACCACAUGAGGACUCACACCAGGGAGAAACCCUACAGCUGUGACCAAUGCACGAAGCGCUUCGCUCAGCAUGGCACCCUGAACGUCCACAUGAGGACUCACACCGGCGAGAAACCCUACGGGUGUGACCAAUGCAUCAAGCGCUUCAGAGGGAAAGAUUCCCUGAGGAUCCACAAAAUGACUCACUCCGGGGAGAAGCCCUACAGGUGUGACCAAUGCACGAAGCGCUUCAGUCGAAAUGAAAGCCUGAAGAACCACAUGAAGACUCACACCGGCGAGAAGCCCUACGGGUGUGACCAAUGCAUCAAGCGCUUCAGAUGGAAAGAUGCCCUGAGGAUCCACAAAAUGAUUCACUCCGGGGAGAAGCCCUACAGGUGUGACCAGUGCACGAAGUGCUUCAGUCAGAGCUACUAUCUGAAGAUCCAUUUGAGGACUCACACCGGCGAGAAGCCCUACAGGUGUGACCAAUGCACGAAGCGCUUCAGCCAGAGCUCGUCCCUGAGGAUCCACAUUAGGACUCACACGGGGGAAAAGCCCCACAGUUGCGACCAUUGCACAAAGCGCUUCGCUCAGCAUGUACACUUGGAGAUCCACAUGAGGACUCACACCGUAGAGAAGCCCUACAAGUGUGACCAAUGUGCAAAGUGCUUCAGUCAAAGUGGUCAACUGAAGAGCCACAUGAGGACUCACACAGGCGAGAAACCCUACAAGUGCGACCAAUGCAUGAAGCUCUUCAGUCUGAACUGUCACUUGAAGAGGCACAUGAGGACUCACACCGGGGAGAAACCCUACAAGUGCGACCAAUGCAUGAAGCUCUUCAGUCUGAACUGUCACUUGAAGAGCCACAUGAGGACUCACACCGGGGAGAAGCCCUACAGGUGCGACCAAUGCAUGAAGUUCUUCAUAUCGAAAACGCACUUGAAGAGCCACAUGUGGACUCACACCGGCGAGAUGCCCUACAAGUGUGACCAAUGCGCAAAGCGCUUCGGACAGCCAAGCCAGCUUAAGAGGCACAUGUCGACUCACACCGGGGAGAAGCCCUACAAGUGUGACCAUUGCGCAAAGAGCUUCGGGCAGACAUGCCAUCUUAAGAGCCACAUAAGGACUCACACCGGCGAGAUACCCUACAAGUGUGACCAAUGCGCAGAGCGCUUCAGAGAGUCAAGCCAGCUUAAGAGUCACAUGUGGACUCACACCGGGGAGAAGCCCUACAAGUGUGACCAAUGCGCAAAACGCUUCUCAACGACAAGCCACCUUAAGAGCCACAUGUGGACUCACACCAGUGAGAAGCCCUACGAGUGUGACAAAUGCGCAAUGCGCUUCGAACAGACAAGCCCCCUUCAGAUCCAGAUCCACAUGAGGACUCACACCGGGGAGAAGCUCUACAAGUGUGACCAAUGUACGAAGCUCUUCAUUCGGAAAGACAAGCUGAAGAUCCACAUGAGGACUCACACCGGGGAGAAGCCCUUCAACUGUGACCAAUGCGCAAAGCGCUUCAGACAGAGAGGCAGCCUAAAUGUCCACAUGAGGACUCACACCGGCGGGAAGCCCUACAGGUGUGACCAAUGCACGGAGCGCUUCAUUUAUAAAGCCUGCCUGAAGAGCCACAUGAAGACUCACACCGGAGAGAAGCCCUACAGGUCUGAACAAAUGCACGAAGCUCUUCAGUCAGAAAAGGCACCUGGAGGACCACAUGUGUUAUGUAUUUUAAGCACAUAAGCUGCCCCCACAUAGCCACUAGGAAGCAGGAUCGAACACAAAAGCUGCAUUACCCCCACACAGCCACAAGGGCGCAGGAUCGAACACAAAAGCUGUAAUAUCUACCCCAGCCACAGAAGGCAGCAUCUUUAAGACAGACGCGGAAGCUGCAGCUAAGAGCUAGACCACGCCCACUUCACAUAAGCCACGCCUACUUGGUCAAUUUUCAGCGACCGGAGCCAGCGGAGGUCAGAGAAUCAUAGGCGCCCCGCAGAGAGCCUCGGGCCUAAGCCCGGGGCUCGAAGUAGCUCACGGUAUUUCUCUCUACUAGUGUUGGAUACUAUUCCCUCCCUUUUGCUUCAUAGUUACCAUACCGAAAUACUUAAACAAAUAAAGUGAGUUAAAAGCCACCCGUUUCAAACUACUUUCAACAAGAGCACGACAAUUGCCACAUGAGGACUCACUCCGGGGAGAAGCCCUACAUGGGUGACCAAUGCGCAAGGCGCUUCAGUCAUGGCUCCAAGCUGAAGAUCCACGUGAGGACUCACACCGGGGAGAAGCCCUGCGUGUGUCUUACUACCGCCCAGUAGCUCGAACACCUGUGAUCAUGAAAUGCUUUGAAAGGCUGGUCUUUCACCACAUUAAAGAUGAACUGAACUGAAAUAAUAAACAUCGUCAACGUUUUAGUGAUGACCAUUAUAAAAAAAUAAAAUAAAAUGACACUAAAAAAAAUAUUUAAAAAGUCAAUAUAUAGCUUUUUUUUUAGCAACAAAAGAUAAUGCGUCUUUUAUUAUUAGUGUGCCGAUUACGUCACUGGCAUGGUACAACUAGGUCUUUGCUGCAGGCACGCGAAUGUCUUAUUCACUCCAUGGUUGAAAAUUCUCAAUUUUAAUAUGGCUGGUUACGAGUUUGAGCCUAUGAGGGACAUGCCUCAUAGGCUCAAACUCCCAUCCCCUCAUUUUGUUUUAUUUAUAUUUUUUCCACAAUGUCUUGUUUUUUAAAAAAAUGUAUGAUGACUAUAUGCUCUGUAAGGUGACCUUGGGUGUCUUGAAAGGCGCCUCUAAAUUAAAUGUAUUAUCAUUAUUAUUAUUAUUAUUAUUAUGCCUGUAGUGUCCGACUGCCACCCGUUGGAGAGGGAUCAAUUUCAGGCUCCAGCUCCACCUUCGGAUCAUGUGGGUGUGACUGGUGUGCGUGUGGGUGCUGCCGGAGCAUGGACACUGCCAUUGAAUCGGUCUGCUGCAGAGAGGUCCCGGUCAACCUUGACCAUCUAAUGGUGGGAUUAGGUUGCAUAACCAUGCACAGGGCAUUUCGAUUGCUGUGCGGUGAGAGAGGGUUUGGAAGUGGCCAAGCUCUCUCUACGGGACGUCCUAGCGGAGACACUGGAGCGCCCCAUAAAUAGCAACCAAGUAACAAGGCGAAAACAAUCUUUCCCCCUCCGUUUUCCUUUGAUGCGUUUGAGGAAUAUCUGUGUAAAGACGGACUCAUUGCGGAAACGCAACGAGCUGUACAAACGCUGUAGUACCUACAUAUUCAAGGCGCUGGUUCUCCACAAAAAUAAGAGGAGCGCAUCCAGCCUGCGCGCAUCCAGCCUGAGCGCUGUAUAAAAAGGUUCAAGUCGAGGCGGAGAUAGUUGUUGUUUAACCUUUUAGAUUGAGUAGAAAUAGUUUUUAAUGUACAGUUAGUAAUUAAGUUGACCAAGGGGCUGUAUUUAAAGCUACAAAAAAAAUAAAUAAAUCCACGCAACUCUAACGGCGUCCACACAAAUCCUAACACGAAACCGCAUAGGUCCGGUUUUAUUUGAAACCACCAUGGGACCAUGGACCUAUUAAAGAACGUGGUUUAUUAUCUGGCUAAUAACAUGGUUAUUAAAGACAUGGAUUCGCAAAAAUAUCGGCUCCGGGUGGACAGGACAGGACUUUGGGAGAUACAUCCGCGGAUGUGCAUAGAUGCGAGGCGGAUUCACGAGUGUCACGUUUACUUUAGGUGGUUGUUGAAGGUUUACUUUCUGGUGGAUGUUGAUGGAUAAUGCACAGAUAAAUCUUACUAUGAAACUACUCCUUUGUGUUUAAUAGCCCCAUUAAUGAAUGGGGCUGAUUUACAUCGGAGGGUUAGUCGGUUUUAAGGCUGCCAGCCAUGUAUUUAGGGCUUGUUUCCUAUUCAAAGGUAGCCUGUGGAAAUGUAUGAUUACCCAAGCUGCCUUGGCCCUAUAUAAUUCAUUAAUGAAGCCAGGGGCAAUGCAGUAUGAUCCUCCUGUAGACCUGGUUGUUUUAUUUUCCGUAGCCAUUUCAGCGAGCCUCAGAGCCUGACUCAUUACCUGCUAUGGCUGCUAGAGCCACAGAGUAGGAGUAGGUUACCAUGCCAGUGACGUAGCUGAUUGUUGAAAUCCAACAUGGCGGCGCCCUGUAACACUUUCACCCCUUCACCGGACAAUUUAAUCCCUUUUAGCAAGUUCAGCCCUUUUUAUUUAUUGUACCAAUGAGAAGGCAGACGAUACAUCUGUUAUAUCAGCUAAACUUCAGAUCUCAGCUCAGUUCAUCUUUAAAGCCCGCCUCCCACCCAGCUUCGACCCCCACCAGUUUACCUAUCGAUCAAAUGGAUCAACGGAGGACGCCAUAGCCGUAGUUCUACCUUGUAAUGACAAAGUAUUCUAUUCUAUAAACAGGGUUUAUAUCAUUUGUAUAUAAUUGUAUAUAUUAAACUUACGCUUGAUAUUUCAACACUGUCGUUACCUCUACCUUUGUUAUUAGAAAAAGCCUGCAAAGUUGACCUGUGAAAUAGACUGCAAUUAAACCCCACAUUAUACAUGA